AUGUCGACUGACACUCAGACCUCCCCGCAACCCGCCCACCAGCUCACCAUCCUGGGCCGCGUUACGUCCAUCCCGCUCGUCCACGACUCGCUUGGCUAUCUCGACUCUACGCUCUCGGCCAAUUCGUACUUGCGCACACCCUACGCAACCGCGCAGGCUAUCACAUCUUCUGCCUUGCAGUACUCAGAGCCUAUCACGACUCGUCUUGCUCCGCUGAUCACGCGUGCCGAUGGCCUCGCGAACCAAGGUCUUGACGCCGUCGAGAGCCGCUAUCCCUACCCUUUCAAGACGCCGACCGAGCAGAUUAGCACCGACCUCAAGGAGCGAACCGACUACGCUCGUGAUGUCGCCAACAAGACGAUCGAUGAGCGUGUCCGUGCCCCCGUGUACACCGUAGUGAAUGGCGUCGACCAGCGUCUCACGCCCCUUGUCGAUUACCUUGCUUCGACUCUCGCGCGUCUGAAUGCGCAGGUUGGCCAUGCUGAAGCGAAUGCUUCGGCCAAGGCUUCUUCUGCCGAGGACUCAGCGAAGUUCCAGUACCAGCGCGCGCUCGACCUCACCAAGGACAUCCGCAGCCAGCUUUUCGUUUACUCGCAGGAGCAGCUCAAGCAGCUUCAGGCUCAAUCCGUCCUCAUCCAACGUGCAUCCGCAACCGCCAACGAUAUCACCGCGCUCGCUUCGUCCUCUUUCGACUCCGCUCAGAAGCGCGUGCACGGGCUGAGUGAGUCGAUGGUACAACAGCUGCACCAGGUUCAGGGCUCGAUGGCCGCUCUCCCCGGUCAGGCGCAGGCUCAAUUCGAACCUGUGCAGCAGCACAUCGCCGGCACGAUCCACGACCUCAGUGAGAUCCUGAAGACUGACGCGCCACUCAACGACAAGGUCGCCCGCGUCUCUUCCACCGUCCGCGAGAGCGUCACGCCCGUGCUCGACGCCGCCGCCGAUGCAAUCCGCGCCGUCAUCCAGCGCGCAGAGGCCACGACUCAGCACGCUGCGCAGACCGCGCAAAAUGGCUCGGCAAACGGAGCCGCGCAUUGA